CUUAUGUUUAGUGACGAUUCAUUGAUGAAACGAAACAGACGGUUUUUUCAAAAUUAAAUGUGUACACAGUUCAGCACACGAUUGUGAUAAGAACGAAUUUGAAAUUUUAUGAAUAAAAAAUAAUAUUUAAAAACGACUUCCUUAUGUUUUUUAAACGAAUUGACUAGUGUCAACUGAUUAAUUAAAUGAAUUUAUGAUUUUAAACGUUUUAUUAACAAAACAGACAGAAAAAGUGCAUUCAUCUUGAGUUUAUUGAAAGUGGUCAAAGUGCUUACAACUACAAAACCGGUUGCCAAUAAGUUUUUUUUUGUACUGUGUACUUAAAUCGAAUCAUUUCUUAUUUAUCACGUUCUUGGUUGGUAUGAAAUCAAUCAGCUUGUUUUAAUAAAAAAGACAUAAAUUAACCUUCACUAAAUUGUUAGGAAAAAAUAAAGUUUCGUCAUCUUUUUAUAAUUUGUUUUUAUUUGGACGGCAGAUGAUCAAAACAAAACAUUUUUUUGAGUUAGUCAGUUUUUUUUUCUUCGAACCGCAACCUUUACCAAUUUAUUGAGGAAAAUUCCUUGUAUUUUUAUUUUCAAAACGUAAACAACAUUGUGAAGACAAUCAUAUUUAACUCAAACUAGAUUUAAUGUUAACAGCUGUAAGCUCUAAGAAAGAGUGUGCGUGUGUGUUGCUACUAUAAUAUGGCAGAUAAAAAUGAGGAAAAUCGGGAUGAUAGUGACAAUGUGACAAAGAAAAAAGUCCGACGAAACAAAUGUGAUUUGGGACCGAAUUUUGUUGCCCCUGACGGUGGUUGGGGGUGGUUUGUGGUUAUUGCUGCUGGUAUUUCAAACUUGAGUGCAUUUCCGAUGCUCCAGCAAUUUGGCCUUGUAUUUCGCGAUCGAUUGGCAACGCUUGGAUUAAGCGGAUCAGAAAUCACAACAAUAAUCAAUUUGCAUUCGUGCUUAACAUCAUGUGUGGGUUUACUCAAUGGACCAAUGUUCAGACGAUUUACAUAUCGCCAAGUAGGAUUCUGUGGUUCGCUAUUGGUGGCGAUAUCCGUAUUCCUAACAUCCGUAUCGUCAUCGUUUCUAACUUAUGUGAUGAGCUUUUCUAUUUUGUACGGUAUUGGCGCUGGUAUCAAUGCGUCGGCGAACUCUUUAGCCGUCAACACAUACUUUAAGGAGAAACGAAGGAUAGCAACCGGUAUUACAUGGACUGCAACGGGUCUAGGUCCCAUAGUGUUUCCCAUUCUGAUUGCUUACCUCAUACCUGAGUUUGGUGUGCAGGGGACGGUAAUGAUUUUUGGUGGAAUAGCUCUAAAUGCUGUUGCUUGUUCCUUGGUUUUUCAACCAGUAAAAUGGCAUGUGAAGAAAGAUAACAAAGACUUGGAAACAUCGAGCCCUCAAGAUAAGCAAUGCGAUUAUUGCUUGAUGGCAUCCAAGAAGAAUCAAAGUGUCUUUUCCAGUCAAUAUCUAUACAAUUCGGAUCAUCACAGUAUGACAGGAUAUGAAAUUAUAGACCCAGGAACGCCAAUGAUGACCUCAGCGAACGAUGGAUGGUUUUCUAGGAAACCUUCAUUUUCCGGCUCCACUAUGUCAUUAACUUCCAAUCGCACAACUAGACUUAAUUCACGAAUUCCAUCCAGUCAGAAUCUGCUGAUUUCAAAUAAAACUUCCUACGUCAAUUUGGGGGCGUUGUCGAAAGACAGCAAGAGUAUAAAAGAUGGCUACGACAAGGGUAACACUGAUGACAAAGUGACCGUAGUAGACCCACCGAUGCAAGAUACACCUCAGACGAGGAAAAAAAGUUUUUCGAAAUCGGAGAAACGGGAAAAACUAAAAGAGAUUUUCAAUGCAAUUAAGAUCGACGAAGCUCCAACAGAAGACUGUCCCAGUUACAAGGCACCUCAAGACUUAACAAAGAGCAAUUUCAAUAUACUUCAAAAUAAGCCAUUUAUUAACGAUGACACGUUGUUCGUCAAUAAAAUGCCAGAUGGUGUGUCGUUACGAGAGGGUGAUAAAGACGAGGCUGGUUCCAGACGUGGUACUUUCAGUCAACAAAUAUCGGUGACUGAGAAGAAACAAAGCAUUUUUGAUGAUUUGAAGUACUUGAAUGACAACAGUGGUUUGUCCACAAAAAAUCAAUUGACGCCAUUUCGUAAGAUAUCAACGAAUUCGUUUAAUGCAGAAAAGGAAGUUCUUAAGGACGUUUCGAAGAGACUAGAACAGUACGUAUCCAACUCUAAGAGCGAACAUUGUAUGUGUGGCGAGGAAAAGAAACUCUUGGUGAAAAACGAUCAGCCUCCGAAUGGCGUUUUGGCAGAAGAAGAAAAGCAUGAAAACUACACAUUCUUUCAAAAAUUGUGCGUGUUCUUCGAUUUGGAUCUUUUGAAGGAUAUCCGAUAUAUUAACCUAAUGGUCGGCGUUACCAUAGCAAAUUUUGCGGAAUUGAAUUAUUCAAUUCUAACGCCAUUCGUACUGGGGGAGUAUGGUUUCAGCAAACAACAGAUCGCAACUUGCAUGUCGUUGUUAGGUGCUAUGGAUAUAUUUACGAGGUUUUUCGUACCGUUCAUUGCCGGAAAAAUUGGAUGGGAAAAUAAAACGUUUUUCCUCUUUGGCAUUUUGGGAAUGGGAAUGGGAAGACUUUGUGUAGCACAUAUUCGUUCGUACGAAGCAGUUAUUGCUGCAUCAUGUUGGAUCGGCCUAAACAAAGGUUUACGAACCGUUUUCAUGGCUCUAGUAAUUCCUAGCUAUGUGCCAUUGGCUCGACUACCAGCCGCUACUGGUCUACAACUUCUUUUCGCUGGAUUCUUUUAUUUCUCUGUUGGACCGUUAAUUGGUGUUAUACGAGAUGCAACUAAUUACACGGUGACGCUGCACUUCUUAAAUAUUUUUACAUAUUUGACCGUUUUCUUUUGGGGUCUGGAAAAGUAUUUCGAAGUUCGGAAAGAAAAGAAGAAAAAUGCAAAUAUGCUGUGAUAAUAAGGAAUUAAACGAAUUUAACGUAGAACAUAAUGAUGACUUAAAAUAGUUAAAAUAGCCGUAGAUUUACUGGAUCGUUCUGUUUCAAUGGCCUGCGAAGGUAUCAAAAAUUCAUAAAUUUGUUAAAAGAUCUAUGAAAAUUCCAUUAGCAAUACAAUAACUUAGAGGUGAAAAUGGCAAGGCCAAGGGAAGACCCAUAUACGAAAAAAAUGCUUUAUACGUUGUUAACUUCGAAGUAUUUGAUGCAAACUCUCUAAAACAAAAUGGACCCUACUUUGACUUGGGUCUCGUAAUUUCUGUGAUCCGUUGAAGGUUUGCAUUACCCUCUCUUUGUUUAAAUACCAUGGUUAUCUUUGCGAUACAUUACUUCUCAUGUUAGUCUUUCUGAUAUGUUUUACGAGCACACGCAUAUUAGCGUACAUUGGGGAUGAACGUUAUAAUUUGUAUAUAUGCCCUUCAGCAAUCACAUAAAUUACAGGAACCUAUACAGAAUUGAAUUCGAGAGCAGUGCAAUAUUUUCUUCGGUAUAGCCCAAACUUACCGACAAUCUAAUGAAAUUAACCGGAAAAUUUCAAUAAUUCAUCAACAACGGAAUUCUAUUGAAAUUUUGAUUACUACGCAAUUCAUACACACCGUAAUAAGUAGAGAUACCUUUGCAUCCCAUUGAUAUAAACGAUAUUAUUGUACUUUAAUUUAGUCUAGUAAGUUUUGUUAAACUGUUCAAUAUGAUUGGUACUUAAGAGAAUUAACAAAUAUUGUGGUUUAUCAGGUGGUUUUAAUAGUGCUACAUACGCAUCACAGACAGUGUUGUAUGAAUUGGUGAAGUAAUACUUUCACUACAAACAUUUGCUGACAGAACUAUCCUGUUUUACCUACUCAUCUGGUCAUACUCAUGGAAAGAGUACAACGCCCGUCUACCCACGGUUAGCGAAUGAGUAAGCAGCAGGCCCAAUAGGUUGGACCGAUUUUAUAAACUUGAAAAUUCUAAGUAG